AUGUCGAACAUAUUGCUAUAUAUUUUUUUUCAUAUAUUUUUUUUCUUUUUUUGUAACCCUGUGAAGGGUGAAGGAUACAUUUGUGACUUUUCUUCGGAAAAAUAUAAUAUAUAUUUUGAUGAACAGAAAGAUGAUGUAAUAUGCUAUCAUGAAAUAUAUGAAGGAGAUAGUAUUGGAAUAAUUAUACCUAGAUAUAAAGAAGGUAAUGAAAAUAUAUAUAUAAAAACAAAUUGUUUUAAUGAAGUAUCAUUGGAAUCAUCAGGAAAUAAUGCAUUAUCUAUAUAUGAUAUAUUUAACGAUGAUGAAAUAACUUUAUUUGAUCAAAAUUCGAUAUUUUAUACUGAAUAUAUUUCAUCUAUUUUACAUAUAAAAAAAGUGAAGAAAAAUACCUAUCUUCAUUGUGUAUUUGAAAGUAAGGAUGUAAAUGAUUUAACUACGCAUAAAGGUAUAGCAAAAAUUGCAAUUAAAAAUGUCCCAAGUAAUAAGAAUAAUAAAUUAAUUAAUGAUGUAGAUAAUAAUUCCCCUCUUUCGUUCAAAAAUAAUUUAACAAAUAAACUUGUCAUUGAUCUGUUAAAUAAAAUAGAUAUAAUUAAAGAUGAUAAAUUGAAUAAUCAAAAUAAUGAUGAUAACAAAUUUCUUGUUGAAGCAAAACCAGGAGAUAUACUUUACUUGUUAGGAAUCAAAAGGAAAAAUAAGAAAUAUGUUUUUUUCGAUGAAAAUUGUCCAUUACAUUUUGAAAGGAUUGGAAGUAUAUAUAAAUAUAUUUUCCCGAUAAUAAAUGAAAUGGAGGAAAUAUAUAAUUGUACUUUAUAUGUUGAUGAUGAUGUAAGUACAAACAAAAAAAUUGUUGGUGAAUUAAAAAUUACUUUUGUAUCUAAAAGUCCAAGUAUUAGUGAUAUCAAUAUAGAUGUUUUAAAAAAAUAUAUUCAUAAUGAUAUAGAACAAAAAUUAUAUCAACUUUUAUAUGGAGAUAUUUCAAAUAACGUAAAUAAAUAUGCAGAACAAAGUCUAGAUAUAAAUAAUACUGAAACAUCUGCAAUUCAAUUUAUGAAUCUUAAUGCUGAUAAUUGUAAUAAUAAUGAAUGUACUGAAUUCUUUAAUAAUUCAACAUGUUCGUCAUAUUGUGGUAAAGGAUACAGAUUAUUAAAUAGUAAUAAUCAUAUAUAUGAUGAACAAAUGGUUGUUCCUUGUUAUAAUGGAGAAUGUAAACCAGAAGAUGAAAUUGAACCUUUAUAUAUCUUUGCUCAUACAUCUAUGGUUUUCUUCUGUAUUAUCUGUACCAUAUUAAUUCUUACCAUAUAUAAUUUUAUGAAAACAGAAAAAAAAAAUAAAGUCAGUGAUGAUCCAUUCAUAACUUACGAUUCAAAUUUGAGUAAAAAGUAG